AUGCUCAAAGGGGAUCCACGGAAGAAAACCCUGCAACAAAGAAAGUCAAGAACAAAAAAAAAUGGGGAAGAAGAAACACCAGAAGUCUUCACAUUUAAAUCUGCUAUCCUGAAUUCGGUGCCAACCGGAAAGAAAAGAAUACCGGCGAAGGAACCAGUGAAGGUUAAUGAUGAUGAG